CCUCCAACGUAAAAAAAACAAAAAAAACAACAAAAUCAAAUUAUAUGUCUUCUUCCUUCCGACGAGAUAUCACAUCUGGAUCAGGAAUUUCGACAAACACGUUGUGAGCAUCUUCCAACUAGCCGAUUCUUUCGUCGAAUCGAAACGAAGGAAAUUAGAAAUUAAAGCGUAGCUGAGACAAACCUGUGUGUGUGUGUUUUAUGACGUAGCAAUGAAGCUGCCUGUCGUCACAAAGAAACGUUGCCAUUGUCGUCUGUUUCCUAGAUACGAGAUUUCGGAAAAAUCUGUAAGUUUCUUAGACACAGAUCUUUGCAUUUGAUGAUCCCUCCCGACAGAUCGGUCCACCAUGUUGGAUGCAUAUAUAGAAAUGUUAAUAGGAAAGUCAUAAUUCGAAUCAUAUCGGGAGACAAUUUUUGGGGAAACAGUUGUGUGGGAAUAAUGUUGAAGGCUGUGAGGUGACAAAAGGCUUACAUUAGACGUUAACUGUUAUUUGGUGGAUCGGAGAUUUCGUCGACGAAUUCUUCUUCUAGUUUUUUUGGAUCGGAGUCUAUGGUAUCAUGUUCCACUUGAUCCUUGUGUUCUACAGCACUACUACUACUACCUUUGGCAUUUGAUCGGUGAGGCUAGGGCAAUUUCUUUAAUUCCGAUUUUGAUAUCUUUUCUGCUUGCUUGAUGGCUUCGGCUUCUCAAUUGCUGCUGGAGGAUCAAACGGAUGAGGAUUUCUUCGACAAGCUUGUUGAUGAUGCCUAUUCUCCCAGCGAAGCUCAGGCUUCUUCAUCCUCUGCCACAGAUCAGAAAUUCGACUACGGAAGUGACUCCGAUGACGCCAGAGCUUUUUCCAAUCUCUCCAUUGCUAAAGAUCCUGUGGGUGAUGGAGAUGACACAUUGAUUGAAGCAGACCCGGGAAACAAUGUUGCAAAUGACGGUGCAGGUAGUCCGCCGGGAAAAGACGCUCCUACAGAAGCUGUUCAAUUUGUCAACAGUGAUGAUGCAACUGAACUGAGAGAUUGUGGAAUGAGAUCAGAGAUAGCUGAUAUACCACUAUCUGAAACAGCUAAAGAAAGCAAGGUAGUUGAUGAGCCCGGGAUUCCUGGGGUUAAGGAGCUCGAUUGGGGUUCGUUUGAUGCGGAUUUAUCUGUAAAUGACGGUCGUGGGUUUGGUUCAUACUCUGAUUUCUUCACUGAGCUGGAUGGGACUGCAGGAAAUUUACUGGGAAAGCCAGAAGUAGCUGUAGCCACCACGGCAAACUUAGAAUCUAAUGAUACAAAGAACACAAGAGAUAGUUUAGGUUCAGAGCAACAUCAGGGUCAGGUGCAUCAGGAUUCUGCAAGUGGGCAGUACGUGGAUAAUAGUCAAUCUUGGGAAAAUCUCUAUCCUGGAUGGAAAUAUGAUGCAAGUACUGGCCAAUGGUAUCAAGUUGAUGGUCAUGAUGCAAGCACGAAUUCACAGGAGGGCUAUGAAAACUCAACGAGUAACUGGGAAAAUAUUGCUGCUAAUAACUCGGAUGUUGCUUAUCAGAGACAGAGUACAACAUCUGCAGUGGCUGGCACAGUUGAAAAUGUGUCUACUUGGAACCAGGUUUCACAAGUGAACAAUGGGUAUCCAGAACACAUGAUCUUUGACUCCCAAUAUCCGGGAUGGUACUAUGACACAAUUGCUCAAGAAUGGCGGUCUCUGGACAGCUACAACCAGGCUUCUCAAACAUCUGUAACUAGUCAAGCUCAUGAUCAGCAUGUUCAGAAUGGUCAUGCUCUUACAGCUAUGUAUCACAGUAAUAGCAAGAGUAGUAUGUAUGAUGUUAACGAUAAAAAUCAGACAUUUCAAGCGCAAGACUUUGCUAUUCAGAGCCAACAUGGAAAUUGGGACCAAUCUUACUAUGCCAACAAUCAGCAGGCUACAAAUACUUGGCAAUCAGAAAAUGCAGGUAAUGCGGAAGCGGCUGUUACUUCUGCCUCAUCAUCAAACUUUCAAAGUAACCACCAAGUAAAUCAUUUGUACAGUACAGGACCUGUGGCUGAACAGUUUACGCCAAAUGAGAUUGGUAUUCAGAGCUUCAACCCUCAGCAUAUGAAUGCGGCUAGUGUCACGCAGAAUGGGCCUAUGAGUUUCUCGAAUGAUUUCUAUAGUAGCCAGAAGUAUGUAGAUGACGCUCCACAGUCAUUUCAGAACAGUCAGCUUUUCUCCCCAAGUGCAGGAAGAUCAUCUGAUGGGCGUCCACCACAUGCACUUGUUAAUUUUGGAUUUGGAGGAAAGCUCAUUGUUAUGAAGGAUGACCAUGGUUCUCUCCAGAAUUCAUCAUUUGGAAGUCAGGGAACUGGAGGAAGCUCUAUCUCUGUCCUGAGCCUGGCCGAAACUAUUUCUGGGAGUGCCUCUUAUUCAAGUCUCGAGGAAAACUCUUUGAGUUACUUCAGUUGUCUGGAUCAACAAUCUCUUCCAGGUCCCUUGGUUGGAGGAAAUAUUGGAAGUAAAGAAUUACAUAAGUGGCUUGAUGAGAGAAUUUUGAAUUGUGAAUCUUCCUGUAUGGACUUUUCAAGAGGAAAACUUUUAAAGAUGCUUCUUUCUUUGCUCAGAAUAUCUUGUCAGUAUUAUGGGAAACUACGGUCUCCUUUUGGUACUGAUACAUCACAAAAGGAAAUGGACUCUGCUGAAGCAGCAGUCGCUAAACUUUUUGCAUUUGCCAAGAAAGACGGCGUACAAAAUGGUUAUGCUCCUAUUACCCAAUGCUUACAGCAUUUACCACCUGAAUCACAAAUGCAAGUAACUGCUUCAGAGGUGCAGACUCUUCUGGCUUCUGGCAGGAAGAUGGAGGCUCUCCAAUGUGCACAAGAAGGUCAUUUAUGGGGACCAGCGCUUGUUAUUGCGGCACAAAUUGGGCAACAGUUCUAUGUUGAAACUGUAAAACAAAUGGCCCUUCGUCAGCUGGUUCCCGGGUCACCCUUACGGACAUUGUGCCUGCUGGUAGCAGGACAACCAGCUGAAGUGUUCUCCACUGGAAGUACAAGCGAUCUCUCAUUUCCUGGUUCCAUAAAUGUGUCUCCACAGCAACCUCAGUUUGGAUGUAGUAGCAUGCUUGACAGUUGGGAAGAGAACUUGGGUAUAAUAACUGCUAACAGAACCACAGAUGAUGAGCUUGUGAUUACUCAUCUUGGAGAUUGCAUGUGGAAAGAAAGGGGCGAGAUAAUUGCGGCGCAUAUUUGCUAUUUAAUUGCGGAUAAGAACUUUGAUCCAUACUCAGAAAGCGCCAGACUCUGCCUUGUCGGAGCGGAUCACUGGAAAUAUCCUCGAACAUAUGCAAGUCCCGAGGCUAUACAGAGAACAGAGUUAUAUGAAUACUCUAAGACGUUGGGAAACUCUCAGUAUACCCUGUUACCAUUUCAACCAUAUAAAGUCAUCUAUGCCCAUAUGCUGGCUGAAGUCGGAAAACUCUCGACUGCACUGAAGUACUGUCAAGCAGUAAUAAAAUGCCUCAAGACUGGCCGAUCACCUGAAGUGGAAAUGUGGAAGCAGAUUGUUUCAUCUCUUGAAGAGAGAAUCCGAAUCCACCAACAGGGUGAGUAUCCAGUGAAUUUGGCCCCGGCAAAACUUGUUGGAAAACUGCUGAACUUUUUUGACCAAGGGAAACGUGCUGUUGGGGUGCCACCACCUGCACCACAUUCAACCAAGGGAAACGUACAGGGAAGUGAGUAUUAUCAACAACAGGAAGCCACUAAGUUACCAUAUAGUCAAUCGGUUAAUACAAUGUCAUCAUUGAUGCCACCUGCCUCAAUGGAACCCGUACAUGAGUCGGGUGGGAAUGGGAGGAGAAUGGCAGUACACACUAGGAGUGUAUCAGAGCCAGAUUUUGGUAGGACGCCAAUACAGGAUAUGGCUGAUUCCUCGAAAGAAAAGGCUGUUGACGGGGUGACAAAGUUGAAAUCAUCUGGGACUGUGGCAGGUUCGCGGUUUAGUCGCUUUGGUUUUGGCAUGCGGAUGCUGAACACUGUAGGGAGGGUCCUAGCUCGGCCAUCCAAAGAGGCAAAAUUGGGCGCAGAAAAUCAAUUCUACUAUGACGAUAAACUAAAGAGAUGGGUGGAAAGGGGUGUUGAACCCCCAGCUGAGGAAGCUGCACUACCUCCUCCUCCAACAAUAGGCACAUUCCAAAACAACUCACUGGGUUAUGAAAACAAAUCUGUCAUGAAUCCAUCUAAUGGGAACUGGAGUUCUGGCGCUCCAACCCCGUCAGAGAAUUCUUCAGGAAUCCCACCAAUCUCACACGGCUCGAAUCAAUUCUCAGCCCGUGGGCGUACGGGUGUGCGAUCAAGAUAUGUUGACACCUAUAAUCCAGGCCGUGGAAACUCUCAGACCAUGUAUCAGUCACCUUCCUUACAAACUGCAAAACCACCAAUCCCAGCAAAAACAAAAUUCUUUGUUCCAGCACCUGCAUCGUGUACAAACGACCAGGUAAUGGACGCAGCUGCUGCUGACGCCAGACAGGAGGAGAACUCAGCAGAUGAAGUAGUAGCCUCUUCAGGGGCUCCACCACCAAUGAUUAUGCAGAGAUAUCCAAGUAUGGAUAACAUCAACAGAAAUGGAUUUGGAAUAAGUGUCAACGGGGAUCAUCCGGCUCCUGCUUCCAGAAGAACAGCCUCAUGGAGUGGAAACUUCAACACUUCGUUUACGCCUCCGACUAGUCCAUCAACCUUCAAGCCAAUCCUACUCAACAGUAGCAGCAGCAGCUUAGGAGAGGAGCUUCAGGAAGUGGAACUCUAAGUCACCGACUCAUGGGGAACUGGAAAUUUCCCAAAUUUUUUGGUUACUGUCACAGGUAGGAAAGUUGUCACACACAGAAACUAAGCCACGAGGGAAACAUGGAGCUUGGAAUUCACGCCUCCUUCGUCUUCUUCAGGGGGAGGCAAUAUAUAAUGGUAGUUUGUAUAGAUGAUUCUUUGCUUCAUUUGGGUUUUGAGAAUGGAACCAAAAGUUGUCUUCGGGAGAGUUACGUUGCAAAACUGUACUUUUUGCUCAAUAUAUAAUAAUAAGGUCGAAAUUUGACCAAUUUUUCACGUA